CGCGCCGGGCCGACGCGCUGGAUGCCCAUGGUUGCGUACGUCAGGCGGACCGUCGGACCGAUCGCGAGCUGGCGGUGCUCCCAGUGACGUCGCCAGCCGUCGCCCCGUCGCCUUCUCUCUCCAGGCGUGCUAGCUGCUCGCGCUGUGGCUGGCCGCCGCCGCCGCCCCCGACGCGGCCCAACGCACCCGGUACACCACCCGCUUCGACCACAUCGACCUGGAGCGCAUCCUGUCGUCGCGCCGCCUCGUCGCCAACUACGUGGACUGCCUGCUGGGCCGCAAGCGCUGCCCGCCGGAGGGCGCCGAACUCAAGCGGGUGCUGCCGGACGCGCUGGCCACGCGGUGCGCGCGCUGCUCGGAGCGCCAGCGCGACGCGGCCGUGCGCGCCAUCCGCCUGCUGCGCCAGCGCUACCCGGAGCUGUGGGCGCCGCUGCAGGCCAAGUGGGACCCCUCGGGCGAGCACACGCGGCGCCUGGAGCAGGCCACGGCGCGCCGCGCCUCCACGCCCAGGACCGCCCCCGCCGGCUCCGCUCCCGUUGCAGCCCGAUCCGAGUCCGUGAAGUCCGCCUCGGUGUCUGCGUCGCACGCCGCCCUCGCUGCCACGUCUGCUUCGAACAUCGCAGCCGCCGCCGUUGACAGGAGACGUGGCCGCCUCGACCAGGCCUCGGCGCCCCGUGCCAGUAAGCCUAGCACCAGCACCGUGGUUCCCGCCGCUGGAGGGAGUGCCGCUGCAGCCGGAACCGACUCCGUGAACCUCGCCGAUGCCACGCUCAAUGUCUACGUCACCUCCACCGCCAGCCCCGCCUCUGCAGUCCGAACGGGCUCCGU